UCAUGGCAGUGCCUUUCGUGGAAGACUGGGAUUUGGUGCAGACCCUGGGAGAAGGUGCCUAUGGAGAAGUUCAACUUGCUGUGAAUAGAAGAACUGAAGAAGCAGUGGCAGUGAAGAUUGUAGACAUGAAGCGUGCCAUAGACUGUCCAGAAAAUAUUAAGAAAGAGAUCUGUAUUAAUAAAAUGUUAAAUCAUGAGAAUGUAGUGAAAUUCUAUGGUCACAGGAGAGAAGGCAAUAUUCAGUAUCUAUUUCUGGAAUACUGUAGUGGAGGAGAACUUUUUGAUAGAAUAGAGCCGGACAUAGGAAUGCCUGAACAAGAUGCUCAGAGGUUCUUCCAUCAACUCAUGGCAGGCGUGGUUUAUCUGCAUGGUAUUGGAAUAACCCACAGGGAUAUUAAACCAGAAAAUCUCCUGUUGGAUGAAAGGGAUAACCUCAAAAUCUCUGACUUUGGUUUGGCAACGGUAUUUCGGCAUAAUAAUCGUGAGCGUUUAUUGAACAAGAUGUGUGGUACUUUACCUUACGUUGCUCCAGAACUUCUAAAGAGAAAAGAAUUUCAUGCAGAACCAGUUGAUGUUUGGUCCUGCGGAAUAGUACUUACUGCAAUGUUGGCUGGAGAAUUGCCAUGGGACCAACCCAGUGACAGUUGUCAGGAAUAUGCUGACUGGAAAGAAAAAAAGACAUACCUAAACCCUUGGAAAAAAAUUGAUUCUGCUCCUCUAGCUCUGCUGCACAAAAUCUUAGUUGAGAAUCCAUCAGUAAGGAUAACGAUCCCAGAUAUCAAAAAAGAUAGAUGGUACAACAAGCCCCUAAAGAAAGGGGCAAAGAGGCCCCGAGUCACAUCAAGUGGUGUAUCAGAAUCUCCUAGUGGAUUCUCUAAGCACAUUCAGUCCAAUUUAGACUUCUCUCCAGUAAACAGUGCUUCUAGUGAAGAAAAUGUGAAGUACUCCAGUUCCCAGCCAGAACCACGUACAAGUCUUUCCUUAUGGGACACCAGCCCCUCAUACAUUGAUAAACUGGUACAAGGAAUCAGCUUUUCCCAGCCCACGUGUCCUGAUCAUAUGCUUCUGAAUAGUCAGUUACUCGGCACCCCAGGAUCCUCACAGAACCCCUGGCAGCGCUUGGUCAAGAGAAUGACACGGUUCUUUACCAAGUUGGAUGCAGAUAAAUCGUACCAGUGCUUGAAAGAGACCUGUGAGAAGUUGGGCUAUCAGUGGAAGAAGAGUUGUAUGAAUCAGGUUACUGUAUCAACAACAGAUAGGAGAAAUAAUAAACUGAUUUUCAAAAUAAAUUUGGUAGAAAUGGAUGAGAAGAUCUUGGUUGACUUCCGUCUUUCUAAGGGUGAUGGAUUGGAAUUCAAGAGACACUUCUUGAAGAUUAAAGGGAAGCUGACUGAUGUUGUCAGCAGCCAGAAGGUUUGGCUACCUGCCACCUGAUACAUCCGUUGACUCCAGGGAAUCCUGGUGAAUAUAGUGCUGCUAUGUUGACAUUAUUCUUCCUAGAGAAGAUCAUCUUAUUCUGCAGACUGCAAAUAGUCCCUGAAGAGUUCUCUUCCCUCCUUAGCAAACAUUUUCUGAUUCUUUAUGUAUGUUCUGCUUACAGAUGACAUCUAUGUUUUGAUUGUAAGUAAGAUUUUGGGAAAGGGUUGGAUAGAAUGCAUUAGCUAUUUCUUUGUGGUUAGUGUCUGAAUUUGAGACCCACCUGUUGGAACCCAAGCUUUAAGGGUACAUGAGUUUAUUAGCUCUUAAACCAACAUAAUUAAAGAUGUUACCCUGUCCCAUUUUUACAAAACAUUUUGGAUUAUAUUAAAAAUACACAUUUCCUCCUGAUUUAAUUGUAUGGAUAAAUUUAUAAAGCCAACCCUUGUG